AUGCACAUUUCAACAGUUUCCACAUGGUUCAUCUACUACAACAACGAAUCAGCAGUUGUAUGUAAAUCUAAUGCGAAAAAGGUUGUUUUGUUCUACUACUUCGUCAUCAUUGAAACGUUAGUAGCAAUUGGGUUUAAUGUGAUAAGCACCAUUCGGAUCGCCUGGCCUUCUUCGCAGAAAUCGUUGGCACAGUGUUGGGAGCAGCUGAUAGCGAAGGUGCAGGACAUGCACACUCUGUACAAUUGUAGCAUAGAGUCAAAACGAUCGUUCCAAUUGUUCUGGCUGUGGCUGUGUAUACUGUCGAUAUCGUACUGUAUCUUUCUUACCUACAUGGUUCUCUCUUCAACGGUUCGGUUCGUAGUACAGACGAACCAUUUCAUCAUGUACGGGUUGCGAAUAUAUGCAUACCUGUCACAUACGACUUUAUGUGCCUCGUUUGGCCUGUUUGCAAUGUUGCUGAGAAUUCUCAUUGUGGAGAUGAAAAGAAUGAUUCACCAGACCGUAAGUGAAACGCAGCUACGAUCUAUGAUUCAACUCUAUCGACACAUUCUUCAAAUUAUUGAUAGUUUCUGUGCCGUUUAUGGUUGGGUUUUGUUGCUAAUUUUCUUCGAACAUUUCCUGAUUUUAACGGAUCGAUCGUUUUUUGCGGUACGCAUGUAUCGGGCAACGGUGGGAUUCUCUAGCCUGCAAGUGUUGUCCAUGAUGUUGACCUGGGUAUUUCCGUUAACAUUGAACGACAUGAUGCUGAUUGGUGCUUGCACGGCUACAGAAAAAGCGCUACAGGAGUUUGAAAAACAGCUAUGCACCGUAGGAAAAACAAUGACUGAAGACACGAGUGAUUUUACGUACAUGAUCACCAGUUUCAGUUUGUACGUUGCAGAACAGAAACCCAAGUUUCGGAUCUUAAAGUCACUCAACUUGAACUUUAGUUUGCUGUACGGGAGCUGCGGAAUAGUUGCAACCUAUUUGACAGUGUUUCUUCAGUUCGAUAGUUACGACACGUUAUCAACAACAAGCAAUACGGGUAAUGGAUAAAAUUUUGAUUAAAAUGCACCAUCUGUCUUGAAACAUCAACGCACAAAAACAAUGUUAAACCGUUUCAAAAUAAAAGGAGUUUGCAAAAACGUGCUGUUUGAAUUACUGCUCGAAUGCUGCAUUCUGCUCGAAAGUAGCGUGAGGCGAAAAUGUGACAAAGUGUCGCUGUCAAACAGUAAACCAAAAACAAACAACAUUAUUGCGGAACGAACAAAAACAUACAAGAAUAUCGAACAAAGUGUUUUUUCUUAAACAAAUUUACUAAAAAAAUGGAAAUAUUGUUGCAGCUGUGCGUGUCUUUUUAACUCUAUCUCGUACCUCUAGCUUAACUGUAACAUAUUUC